GCCCGACCUUGCCCUCGGCCUGGAACCCUAGAUCUCGUACCCGUCCCCGUCUCUCUCUGGUUGGCGACGUCGGAAGCGAUGGCGACCUCCAAGGUCGUCGAUGAUGGCGGCGGCACCGGCGAUGAGGGAGGCAACGAGUUCGCAGCGCUCCUGACCCAGGCAAGCGUGGCGGAGGCAAGUGGCGGAGGUGGGUCUUUGCCGUCAGUUCCGCCAUUGCCGGCGGCGUCGAGCAACAGCCCGCACUAGACCGACUACAUCGACUUUACACAGUUGGAUGACGAGAUAUGGCAGGUUAGAAUGAAAUUUGAGAGCGGGCAUACGGUGGAGAGGUACAUGGGUAGGUUAGAUUUGAUUUAUCUCAAUCUUCUUGGUUUGAUGGAGAGUGUUGGGUCUGGAAAGGAUUAUUACAUGCAUUAUGUUAAGGAGGAAGGGGUUGGUUUGAGAGGACCGGCUAUGAUUGAUGGAAAUGACAAGGUCAAGAUGAUGAAGAUUUAUCAGUCCUCCAAGCUGCUGAAUAUUACAGUGAUGAAGGGCAGGGGUUAUGGUUUAUCUCCCGUGAAGAGAGCUGCUGAAUUUUACAGUAAUAUACCGACGGUGGGCAGAAGGAAGAGGAAGAGGCCAGAUGUGAUUACAAUUGAGGAUGAAGAAGUAGCAGAAGCUGAGCAGCACAUUCAAACUCAAUCUAGUGUAAACAUGAUGGCUGAAGCUCAAGUUGGAGGUGCAGUUGAUAAGGGAAAAGCACCAGAAGCUAAGCAGCACAUUCAGACUCAAGCUAGUGUAAACAUGAUGGGUGAAGCUCAAGUUGGAGGUGCAAUUGAUAAGGGAAAAGCACAGGUAGCAGAUGAUACAUCAACAGAAUAUGACUCUGAGGAUUUUGAGAGUGACAGCAAUGCAGAUGCAGACAUUGAUUGUGGUGAGUACAAUGUACACCAAUACAAAACACAGGAGAUGAGAAGCAGUAAGAAGAUGAGCUUGCGCAGUUGGUAGCCAGAAUGAGAGUUGAGAGGAAUGAUCCACAGCAACACUUGGAGGGGGAUACAGAUGUUGAAGACCUUUAUGACCCAGAGCCUCAACUUGUUUCAGACAUUGAGGUUGAGGAUGGGCAACCAAUGCUUAAUCCAGAAAGGAAGAAACCAACAAGGAAAGGCCCCACAACCAGAUCACAUGCAAGUGUAGGUCCUAGCUUCAUUCCUGACCGCAUCAUUUCUUCUUCUGAAGAUAGUGAUCCUGGUCCUAUAUCUGAUGGAGAUGAUGAUGGGGCAGAGGGAAUGUCAUUUGUGGCUCCUUUAAGGAGGAAAAGCAGAUCCAAGAAGCAGGCAAAGAGGAUAUACUAUGAUGAAUCAAGGCAGGCAGCUCAUGAGCAGUUCUGCCUGAAGUUGUGCUUUGCUGAUGUAUAUCAGUUUAGAAGAGGUUUAGUUAAUCUGCACAUUGUCCAGAGCAGGGACUUCAGGUAUCAUAGGAAUUGUAAGAAAAGGGUUAUUGUUAAUUUCAAGCAAAAGAACUGUCCAUUCUACAUGGUUGCAUCUCAAAUCAAGAAUGAGAAGACCUUUUGCAUUAAGAAGAUUUUUUUGGACCACAUGUGUGGGAUCACAAAAGAGAGUACAAGGAUCAAUGCAAAGUGGUUGAGCAAGGCAUAUGAAGGUACCAUUAGAUCUGACGCCACAACAAAUGUCAAGUCAAUCAUGGAUAAAGCAAUGGAAGAUUUUGGAGUUGAAGUGCCCAAGAUGAUGGCUUACAGGGCUAAGAAUAAAGCAAUAGAAGUUGUUCUUGGUGAUCAUGUCAAGCAGUAUACAAGGAUAAGGGACUACAUGCAGACUGUAAUAGAUACCAAUCCUGGUAGCAGAUGCAUAGUCCAAACGGUCAGGCCAAAACCUGGAAAGAAUCCUAGAUUCCAUGGGUUGUUCUUCUGUGUAAAUGGCCCAAAAGAAGGUUUUCUGAAUGGAUCAGACCAUUCAUUGAUUUAGUUGUCAAUAACCUAAGUGAGGUCUUCAACAGGUUCAUUUUAGAUGUCAGGUCCAAACCAAUAGUCACCGUGAUAGAUGGUAUCAGGACAAAAAUGAUGGCCAGAUUUGUGAACAAAAGAGAUGGAGUUGCAGGAAACAGAUGGGAUAUUACAACAUCAUAUAGUGAGAAGCUGGAAAAUGAAAAAAAGUAUGCUAGGUUUUGUAGACCAAUUUGUGCUGGACCUGGAUUAUGGCAAGUGACAAGUGGUGAGAAUACCCAUGCUGUGAACCUUGAAGCUAAGACAUGUGGCUGUAGGAAGUGGGAUUUAACUGGCAUGCCUUACAAUCAUGCAAUUGCAGCAAUCUACAAGGCUAAACAACAUCCAGAGGAUUAUGUUCAUCCAUUUUUCGAGAAAGAGUUGUAUCUCCAAACCUACAGCCCUGUCAUUUAUCCUGUACCUGGUCAGCAUGAUUGGACCAAGACCAACACUGAUGACAUUGAUCCCCCUAUCUUCUUGAAGCAUCCUGGCAGACCAAAGCAUAAAAGGAGAAAGGGACAGUUUGAGCCUCCAGCUGCUAGGGACACUUCUAUAAUGGGAGUUAUUACAUGCAGUAAUUGCAAGCUGCAAGGACAUAACUACUUAAGCUGCAAGAAAGCACUGAGGCCUGAACUUCAGAUUAGGAAAAAUAAUCACAAGGCAAACAGGACUGUCCCUGAUUAUGUCAGUAACCCACCUUCUCCAACACAAGGUCAAGUAGCUCCAACAUCUUCUCAGCAAGCAGAGCAAGAACUACCAAGAACAUCUUCUAGCAGCAGAGCAACAGCAACUACACCACCUAGAACAGGUGCUCCAGCUCCUGCCCCAAGAAGGUCACCAAGGCAUGCUCAAGCCGGCACAGUUGCUCCAGCUCCUGCCCCAAGAAGAUCAACAAGACAAGGUCAAGCCGGCACAGCUGCUCCAGCUCCUGCCCCAAGAAGGUCACCAAGGCAUGCUCAAGCCGGCACAGCUGCUCCAGCUCCUGCCCCAAGAAGAUCAACAAGACAAGCGACUGCUUUCUCAGCUCCAAGGCCAUCAGGUGCAGAACAUGAAGAGCAGGCUGGAGCAAGUAGACCCAGGAAGAAGGGAAACAAAAUUAUGUAAUACUUCACUGUUGGUAAUGGCAGACGGGAGCGAUUGUUGUUGCUGUGAUGUAAGACACAAUUAUUUUGUGAAGCCCACUGUGAUGUGAUCUACUGUGAUCUCAAGUGGUGCUUGUGAGCUAGUCAAUAAACUUAAUGGUCUGUAAGCUAACUAAUUCUGAUGAACUUGUUCUGUAAUGCGUGAUGUAGGCUGAUACUUGUGCUGUAAUGCUUCCUGUAAGCUUUAUGGCUGAUGAAACUAGCUGAUGUGCCCUUCUAGAGAUGUGAACUGGCAGAUGUGAACUGGCAGUGAACAACUAUUUUGUUGAAUUAAUGGUCUGUAAGAUGAAGUUGUGCUGCUA